UCCUUCCAUGCUUCCUCAACAGUGAAUACCGUGUUGAUUUAUUCUGUUUUGGGCAACUCCGAGUUCUGUGACUCUGUCUAUAUAUUCAUUCUCUUGACAGCGAUCCCCACACAUAUAGUUUUCAUCACUAGCAACUCUCCAGGAUCGCAUAGCAACAGCAACACCACCAACGACAACGACAACGACAACGACAACGACAACAACAACAAUAAAAUUCACUUAUUAGAACAGCACAGGCAGACAACAUGGCGGCGCCAAAACCAGGUCAAGAACAAAAUGGCAUCACCACCACCACCAUCUCCUCCUCCUCGAGCGCAUCCUCCCUCCCUUUCCCCCCGCCAUCCCACCUGCACCCCUCCUUCACCAUGCUCCCCGCCCAGCCCGCAGACCUGGAGCCCAUGUGCGACGUCUACUACAGUGCCUUUGCGACGGACCCGGGCAACACCUUCUGGUGGCCCCCCCGGCGGGAGCAGAUGAUGCGCUGGCUGCGGGCCCGGGUGACCAAGAAGUUUGCCGACCCGGCGGUGCGGCACUACAAGAUUGUCCACGCGGAGACGGGCCAGAUCGCGGCCUGGGCUAGUACCGGCGGUAGCGGCGCUGGGGGAGGAGUCGAUGUCAGCAAGGAUAUUGUGCCUGGGGAUGGGAAUGGGAACGGGGCUGGAGCCGGCGGGAUGACUGCUUCUGAAGCGCCCACGACGACGGACGAGAAGAAGAAUGAGAAGCAGUCAUCUACGGGACUCGACGCGCCAGAGGGUGUCGACCCGGCGUGGUGCGAGGAUUUCUUCUCGGCGCUCAAGGGCAUGCAUGCAAAGUGGGAGGCGGAUCAGAUGCUUGGCCUCUCCCUGAUCGCAACCUCGCCCGACUAUCAGCGCCGCGGUGCCGCCAAGGCGCUGAUAGCUCCCCUCCUCGCGGUCGCCGACCGGAAGGGGCUCAGGACGUAUCUCGAAGCCACGCCCGCGGGCAGGCCCGUGUACGGGAAGCUAGGGUUCCGGGAGGUCGACAGCCUGGAGUUUGACGUCAAGAAGAUCACGGGCGGGAAGGUGGACGUGCCGUGUCGGUUGAGCAUUAUGGUGCGGGAGCCGGUGAAGGCGUGAACGUUUACUGGACUUGAUGAAAGGGAAACUUUUUUUUUCCUUUUUUAGUUAAAAGGGGCCAGAAAGAAAAACCUGAGGAUGGACCAAAGGAAAAAGUACGGCGUAAGCGCGAUGGUAUAGAUAGAGGUUGGAAUAGAGAUGAGGUGCGUCAUGCAGUCGUCCGCGUCUGCCGACGAACAUCAUAGUCCUCAGUGUAUAAAGAUAUGCGUUCCUGGCUGGCGACAUCGAUCAAGUGACGCCUUGCUGCUGCUAUGGGACGUGACACAGGCUCAUUCUUGCCGCACCAUGACAACAAAUAGGGGAUAGUUACGGCUUUCAUCAUCACAGCUUGUGUUGUAGAAGAAUUUCGGGAUGGUGGAACAGCCAUUCACAUCUCACGAG